AUGUGUUGUGUUCCCACCUUCAUGAUCUGCCCAUUGAACAGCUUUAACCGCACUUCCAAAUUGCGUACAAGCUCAAAGAUACUCUGGCGCCUUUUACCAAGAUCAGCUGUCUGUGUCAAAAUGGCGCAACCAAAUGGUUAUGAUAAACUAGCAAGAGAUUUUGAUAGCUACUGGUUAAAGUUUUACAAGAGCAGUUGUCUGUCUCCGAACUUUCAAAGACUUCCUAGGUGUUGGAAUGGUAAGGAUCGCUCGAAAUCACUGAGAUUGACACAUUUCGCCCUUACCGUGUCAUUUAGUAGCGGAUUUAAUGAGCGUCAUGAUACUAGUUACACUGGUCAGGAAGCAGCUUCUGUUCGUUCUGAUGCUCCCAUCCCGUUGACAGCUGGCAUAUAUUACUAUGAAGUUACUGUGCUUUAUCAGGGUACCACUGGUUGUGUAUCUGUCGGCGUAUCAAUGAAAACUUCCAGCCUCAACAAAUUUCCAGGUUCUGAAAAUAGUUCUUUUGGUUAUCAAACGGAUGGUUACGUGUAUCAUGGGUCUUCAAACUCAACUACAAAGUUGGGACCUCGUUUUGGGGAAAAUGACGUCAUCGGUUGUGGAGUUGAUUUUCUUUCUCAUAGUUUGUUCUUCACACGAAAUGGUGUCUUUCUGGGCAGAGCCUUUGAAGGGAAAUUGCCGGUUGGCGCUGGUACACGUUUGUUCCCCACAAUAGGAUUACAUGGUCGUGGAGUUCGUGUGUCAACCAACUUCGGACAACAGCCUUUUCAUUUUGCUUUUGAAAACCAUCUUAAAACAGAACGCAUAUCUCGUGAAAACAAACUAAUUGAGCUCACAUGUAAAGAAGAGUUUGCUGGGAUUAAAAUAAAGGAACUUGUUUCUGGAUACCUCGUCCAUCAUGGUUACGUUGCCACAGCCAAGGCAUUUUCUUACUGGUCCAAUCUUGCAACCUCUGUUCAGAAUUCCGAAGUUCAAACUAAUGAGAUUCCAGCCCAAAAUGAAACUUCUAGUCGACCAAACUUAGUUUCUAGUUCCUCCGAGACGAAUGUUGAUAUGCAUCAAGAUGUUACUAACAAGGAGUCUAACCUUCCUGCACUUCAGCGCCGCCAUAGUGACAGCUCGUGUUUAACUCCAGCCAAUGGAAACUCUCACUUGGGGAACCAAAUUCCAGGCAUUGCAAGCAUGCUGCAUCGAAGACGAUUACGAGCUCUAUGCCGACGAUGUCAGUAUGGGAAAGCUGCCGCUACUUUAAAUCGCUUAUACCCUCAAGUUCUUGAGCGAUGUCCGGAAUUGCUUGUUCAACUUCGUUGUCGACAGCUUAUUGAAAUGAUGCGUCGUCAUGCCGUAAGACGUGGUCGCAGUCAAGCCUCCAAUUCAGGAAGUGAAUUUAAUGACGCCAAUUCAACUACAGCUCCACCAAAAGUACAAAGAGUAUCUGGUUCACUUCAUGUUGGCUCAGGAUGUUGUAUUACCGACAGACAAGAUAAAUCAUUGCAAGAUACAUCAUCUAGUCCAAUUCAAACGACUGUUGAAAAUGGCACGUCAAUCUCGUCAAUGGAAGUGGAUUCAGAAGAUGUGUCAAAGGCAUCACCUCCAGAAGAUGCACAAAAAGUAAAAGAAAAAGAUAAAAAUGAACAAAAUUCCAAUAUGGUGACAGAUUUUGAUGAUGAUUUGGAAACAGGUGAUCUUGAAGACGAUGAAGAUGAUGACGGUUUUGGUGUAGAUGACGAUACAGGGGUUUGUAUUAGUAAUCUUUUGCCAGCUUCAAAUUUAAAAGCCUGCCAUUCUGAUAAUCAGUCUUCUACGCCUUCAGGAAUGGAUGUUGACAGUGAUUUAUCAUCUGCAGAAUCAAAACAAAAAUCAACGAAAGAUAUGCUCAAUGCUACGUCGACUAAUUCAGAGGUUGAAGAUCAUGAUGAAAUGAGGUGUUUGUUAAGACAUGUCCAGUUUGGUCGUUCACUUGUAAAUUUGGUAAAACAAGUGAGAGCGAAAACAGGUGGCUUGUCUUUAGAAACUGAACGUUUACUGCAGCAAUCUGUUAGCCUAUUGGCAUAUCCAUCACCUACAUCCAACGAUUGUCCAUUACGCGGUUUGCUGGAUCCGGUAUGGCGAGAUACUAUAGCUAGCAUUAUCAACAGUGCUGUUUUAAAGGCCCAUGAUCUGCCUGCUCAACCAGCACUCGAACAUGGUCUUCGUGCUCUGCAACGUUGUUUUCAGGAUAAGGAUUUCGUUGAAGCUCAAACAUUAGGUCACUUUCUUUUGUAUCACUUAACACCUGCACAGAUCGCGAAAGCAGAUGAAGAGGUUGCAGCAAUGGAGGCUUCUGCACAGCACCAAACUGGGAAGCGUUUAAGGUCUUCCGCUUCACAGUCCAAUGAAGAUCAAUCCCAUGAAGUUGACGGAAACACAUCGUCCGGCUCUCGUACUGUCGAAGUCAAUGGUCAUAAAGGUAUCCGCCGAAGGGCUCGUCGUCGAAUACGAAGACAAGCUGAGGGUACUGUCUCAGAAAGCCAGUCUUCUGAACACACUGAUGAAUGUAGCUCUUCAGUUGAAGAAAUCAAUAAAGACGAGGAAGAGGAUGAUGAAGACGAAGAAUGUCAUUGUGAUUCUGACGAUGACGAUGACGAAUUUGAUAAUGAUGACGAAGAAGAUGGAGGAUCAGCUGUUCGUGGUCGCCGACCUCAUACACGUAGUAGGCAAAACGCUUCAGGUGGAGAGCAAAAUGAUGGCGAUACCUCCGAGGGAAGAGGUUCAAAUGGAGGCAAUUCUGGCAGAGUUCAUUCUAGUAAUUCUCCGAAUACCGCUUCACUGACAUUACUUGACGCUAUGCGAUCUUCACCGAUUAGUUUCUGUCCAGAUUCUAUUGGUACACCAAGGGUAACUAAUAUUUCAGCUGCUUCGAUUCCGAAUCUUCACCGUUCAACGGAACCUAGCCAUCGUCUUACAUUGUCAACUACCUCCGCUCGAAACGAUAACAAUCAACCAUGCAGACCUGAUACAGACGAUAGCCAUCUGGAUUCUGCUUUCCGAGGUCUUCUUUCUAUGUCAUAUCCUCAGCAUGCUGAGUUUCUUGCUGCUAUGGAUGAUGCUUUAAAAGCAUACGCUGGAUCCCUUUUGCUCACUGAUGAUGAACAAAUUUUCACAUCUAACCCUCAAUAUCAGCAUCCACGAGGUGACCCUCCAUCACCAGCAGGUGGCGGUGCUUGCGCUUAA